AUGACUGAAAUUUGUGUUAUGCAAAUUAUUGUAACAGCGAGUGGAUUUAUGUUUUCAGAUGUAUCUGAAAAGCAGUAUGAAAAGAUCUUCCGACAACAAAUGGAAAUUAUGAAAGAAAAGGUUUUGAAUGCCUCCAAGACAAAGUUUAUUGGUAAUCUCUCACAUGAAGUGAGAAAUCCUUUACAUGGUGUGGUUGGAUCCAUUCAAAUAUUAAAACAUGAAGCUGAAAGAUUAAACAGAUUCACAGAAUCCUCACUAAGAAAAUCAAGCUCAUUCAAAAUGAGAAGACGAAAGAAUUCCCUUCCCAGUUCAAUUCUCACUUCCUCUGAAUGCCUUGAAGAUUUAUCAAUAGACCAUAGUAUUGAUGCGAAUACAAUAAUUGCAUCCAAUCAAAGCUCUGUAGAAUUAAUUGAUGAUAUUUACAAUAACUCCAUACUGCUUUUAAACAUAUUUUCUAGAUCAUUACAACUAAGCAAUUUAGAACUGGGUCAAGUCAAGUUGAAUUUCCAAAACUUUGACAUGCUUGAAUUGUUGGAAACAAUGACUUCAGUAUUUUACACAUUGGCUUACGAUAAGGGGAUUUCUAUUCAAUCAUUUUUUGAUUUUGAAAAAGUGCCAUUAUUAUUUAGAGGAGAUCAGGUUAAGAUUUCUCAAGUUUUGAUGAACAUCAUUUCAAACAGUAUCAAGUACACAAAGAAGGGAUAUGUUAUGAUUACAUGCGAUCUUUGCAAAGAUACUGAUUUUGCCAAGUUUGGUUUAGAUGAAAAAGCUCUAAAAUCCAUUCGAGAUAAUCUCACACUAGGAAACGAAGAGGAGGAAGUUGUCUUUCUCAAGAUUAAUUGUAACGAUACUGGUCUUGGAAUUUCACUCAAUUCAAUGAAAACUCUGUUCAAACCCUUCAGGACUAUUGAAAACUCCUCACCAAGCUUUGAACAAUACUACUCCAAGUAUGAAAACCAAAAGGAAAUUGCCAACUCUAGCUUUUCAGAUCGUAACGGAUUGGGGUUAUCUAUUUGCAAGAGAUUUUGUGAUGUUAUGCACGGGAAAAUUGGCGUAGAAAGUGAAGUUGGAAAUGGAACAAACAUCUCAAUCCUUUUACCUCUUGUGAAAUGUUCUGAGAAAAUUGAGACAGACUUUUCCAAAAAAUCUGUUCAUGACCAACUACUAACCUUGAAGAAUAUGAACAUUCCAACUGUUUCCAUCUAUAUUGUCGACUCGAACAUUUGCUUGAGAAGAGUAUUGACAGAUUAUCUUCGUUACAUUUUUGAGGAUUCUCCAAUCUAUGAAUAUGAUAACUCUCAAAGUAUUGAUAUUAGCAAUACUGAUGUAAACAAGUUGCUAAUUACCAUUUACUCUGAUGAGAUGAAUGAUUCAAUUCAAAAACAAUUCGAAUCAUACCAAUCUAGAACAAUAUUUAUUCCUCUUUCUAACAGAGGUUUCUCUAAAAGAACAACUAACCUUAGGUACCUAACAAGACCGCUAAGAAUUGGAGAUUUGUUGAGUCUUUUAAUUGAUAACAUGAUAAUCAUGUUAGGAAAAUUAGAAAAUUCACAUUCUUUACACUUUAUUGAAAAUGAAAAAGUUGAGGCGUUACCUCAAGAAAUAACUGAGAUAUCUUCGCCAUCCAAUAACUCAAAUUAUGCUCUAGUAGUUGACGACAAUGAAAUUAACAGGAAAGUUCUUCAAAAAAUGUUGAAAAUGGUUGGAUUUGAUGAAAUUGAUGUGGCAGAGAAUGGCCUUGUUGCAUUUGAAAAGUUUAAGGAGAAUCCAACCAAGUACAGAAUAAUAUUUAUGGAUCUUUUAAUGCCAUUCGUAUCUGGUAAAGAGUCUUGCGAACUCAUUAGAAAUCAUACUACAAAAUCUAACACUCUAAUUGUUGCUGUCACAGCCAAUAUUUGGGAAACUAAGGAAAUGCUUUGUCAAGCAGGGUUUGAUAGUGUGAUAUACAAGCCAAUACUUUUAAAUAAUUUGCAAAAGGAGCUUACGAAUUUGGGGUUACUAUAAUUUACUGUUAUUUUUACUAUUUGAAAAUUAUUGCAUAACCAUCAAACUCUUUUCCAAUAACAGACCUUUCAAGUCUUAGAGCUACCUCUAAUUCUCCUUUACUGAUGACCUCAUCACAAACAGUAACAUGGCCACAUUCAAGGAAGGAAAUCAGAUCUCUUUUUGUCAACAUUUGUAACUGUGGAAAGACAACUUUAAUUUUUCUAGCAAACCUUCUACCAAGAGAAGCCAUAUUUGGAAUUGCAACAAGAUUUACAUCCUCAUUCUUGUUGGUUAUUUCAAUCUCUCUACAAUUGAUUUGAUCCUUUAGAUUAGUUGAGAUAGUUCGUAAUUUCCCUACCAGACUUUCAUCUAAAACAAAUAUUACACAUUUCGAAAUUGAGGUAACUUUUGAAAUGUUGAACAUUUUUCUAACUAGUGAAGAAUUGUUGGUAAUGUCAUAAAAUAAACUAAUAAUUUCGUCCAAAUCC